AUGAACGAAAAACCAGCAGCUGAAUAUGAAUUAUAUACAAAAUUAGACAUAUUAGGUGAAGGUUCAUACGGAAAAGCAUUUUUAGUUGAAAGUAAAGCAGAUUAAAAAAAGUGGGUUAUUAAAUAAAUAGCAAUGAAUAGUCUUUCUCCAGAAGAAUAAAAAGAAAUAGUAAAAGAAGCUAAAAUAUUAGAAAUUUUAUGUCAUCCAAAUAUAGUUAAAUUCAAAGAAAUAUAUAAAACAAAAAGUUAAAAGCUAUGUAUUGUAAUGGAAUAUGCAAAUGGAGGAGAUUUAUCAAAAACGAUUUAAAAUGCAAAUGGAAAAUUAUUUUCCUAAAAUUAAAUUUUAGAUUGGUUUACAUAAAUUUGUUUAGCCGUAAAACAUGUACACGAUAGAAAAAUAUUGCAUAGAGAUAUAAAAGGAUAAAAUAUUUUUCUAACAAAAGAAAAUAUUUGCAAACUAGGAGAUUUUGGAAUAGCCCGUGUAUUAAGUAAAACAUGUGAAAAAGCUAAAACAGUAAUAGGUACUCCUUAUUAUUUAUCUCCUGAAAUAAUCGAGAAUCGUCCGUAUUCAUAUAAAAGUGAUAUAUGGUCUUUAGGAGUAGUUUUAUAUGAAUUAUGUGCUUUAAAGCCUCCUUUUACUGCUGAAUCAAUGCAUUUUUUAGCUUUAAAUAUAUUAAAAGGGCAAUAUAAGCCUAUUCCGGGUAUAUAUUCGAAUGAUUUAAAGAAUUUAGUGAGUAUAAUGUUAUAAACAAAGCCAGAAAAAAGGCCUAGUAUUCAAUAAAUAUUACAAUAACCAAUAAUAAGAAACAGAAUAAAGAAUUUUUUAAGCGAAAGUAUAAAGAUGUAUGAAUUUUCACAUACAAUAAUGCAUAAUUAUGUAAAACAUAUAAAAAUAAAUUAUUAUUUUAUUUUUAGAAAUUUCUUGAAGGAUAAGCCGGUGUUGAAUUUUCUAUUUAAUAAAAAGAGACGAAAAAAGAAUCUCCUUAAAGUCCCAAAAACAACCAAAAUUUAAAUAAAAAUAAUAAUGUGA